AUGGCCACUCUCGGCCUCUCAAAGGUGUUCAUAUUGGACAAGUAUUUUACAGAAUUGCAGAAAUUCUGGGAAACUGAGAAGAAGCUUCAGGACGCAUCUUCAUCCAACGAGGCUGUUCAUCUGCAGCAGCGGCUCAAGAGUCUAAGCACAGAACUCGUGACUUUGCGCAAUCGACUCCAUGUUGGUCAGACGGCGACCACCCUGAACACAUCGACAGCUACGGGAGCUGGAGGGUGUGUUGUGGGCGCCAACGUUAACACGGGAACGACAACAACAGGGCCAAAUGCCCACCUGAAUGGCUCCAGCAAGGUGAAGACGAUCCAUGGCAUCUCUUCAGGGUGUUUGCCACAGGGAAAUAGCGGCAGUGUACCAAUAGUUUCACCAAGGAAUACCUCAAUACCACACCCACUGCCUCACCAAAUGCCAGACAUUCCACAGAGCACCUCGCCCAGACGCGGAAUCAUUGACACGCCGUCGCUCAAGAUGAACGGAUGCGCUCUGGGCAGCGGCGUCGCCACCAUGGCGAGCUGUGGCGCAGCCGGACUCCUGCAAGGACUUCACAUAUCCAGCAACACUGCCACACCCGCCAAGAAGCUGUCCCCGAUUGAAAUGGAGGACCUCAUUCACUUGCCUGGACCUCUAACCGAGGACGCCGUCAUGAAGACUUUGCAGGCGCGCUUCGGCGAGAACAAAUACUUCACGAACGUGGGACCGAUUCUGCUCUCUGUGAAUCCCUAUCACGAUGUCGGGAAUCCCUUGACACUCUCCUCGACGCGCUCUCUUCCGCUGGCGGCACAGAUGAGUCGAGUGGUGCAAGAGGCUGUGCGCCAGCAAGCGGAGACAGGCUAUCCGCAGGCCAUCAUUCUCUCCGGAACAUCUGGGUCAGGCAAGACGCACUGCUCGAUGCUCCUGCUGAGACAAUUGUUCGCUGUGGCUGGCGGUGGGCCGGAAACGGAUGCCUUCAAGCACUUGGCAGCUGCUUUCACCGUCCUUAGGUCUCUGGGCUCUGCAAAGACCACCACAAACUCCGAAUCUAGCCGUAUUGGACAGUUCAUCGAGGUUCAGGUCACCGACGGCGCGCUCUAUCGCACCAAAAUCCACUGUUACUUCCUGGAUCAGACUCGAGUAAUUCGUCCGCUGGCCAAUGAGAAGAACUACCACAUCUUCUAUCAAAUGUUAGCCGGGCUGAACCAUGAUGAGCGCGUCAGAUUGAACCUGGACGGUUACACACCCACGAAUCUGUGCUACUUGCAAGGCGGGGACACGAUGCAGAACGAAAAGGAGGAUGCCACACGAUUCCAGGCAUGGAAAGCGUGUCUCGGCAUUCUGGGAAUUCCAUUCCUUGACGUGGUGCGCGUCUUGGCUGCGGUUCUCUUGCUGGGAAACGUGCAAUUUGUCGAUGGUCAGGGUCUCGAAGUGGACGUGAAAGGUGAAACCGAAUUGAAUGCCAUAGCCGGAUUGCUGGGGGUUCCAGCCGCUGCCCUCUUUCGUGGCCUCACGACGAGGACGCACAAUGCUCGCGGGCAGCUGGUGAAGUCCGUUUGCGAUGCAAAUAUGUCCAAUAUGACGAGAGAUUCGCUGGCGAAAGCGCUCUAUUGUCGCACCGUGGCGACGAUUGUGAGGAGAGCAAACAGCUUGAAGCGUCUGGGAUCGACAUUGGGCACGCUGAGCAGUGAUUCCAAUGAGUCUGUGCACAAUCAGGCGGACAUGGCGAGUCAGCACGCUUCCACCGUGGGUGGAAACUCCGGGAGCAAAUCCAUGGCGGCUCUCAAUAAUGCUGUUCGUCAUGCCACGGAUGGGUUCAUCGGGAUUCUCGAUAUGUUCGGAUUUGAGGAGCCUCGGCCAGCUCAGCUGGAACAUCUCUGCAUCAACCUCUGUGCCGAGACCAUGCAGCACUUUUACAAUACACACAUCUUCAAGAGCAGCGUGGAAUCGUGUCGAGAUGAGGGAAUUAUCUGCGAUACUGAAGUGGAUUAUGUGGAUAACGUGCCCUGCAUUGACUUAAUAUCAUCCCUGAGAACGGGAUUGCUCAGCAUGCUGGAUGCUGAUUGUGCUGUGAGGGGCACGGCCGAGAGUUAUGUGGCCAAGAUUCGAGUGCAGCACAAGAAUUCUACGAGACUGGAGACAAAGGCUUCGGAGCCCCACGAUCCACGCACUUUUGCCAUACGCCACUUUGCCGGACGCGUUGAGUAUGACGCCUCAGACUUCCUAGACACCAAUCGUGAUGUGGUUCCCGACGAUCUGGUGGCUGUAUUUUACAAGCACACUUGCAAUUUCGGAUUUGCCACACAUCUCUUCGGGUCCGAGCUUAAAGCUCUGUAUGCGGUGGAUAAUGUUCCGCGAGGAUUAAGUUUUCGCAUUGCUCCGACCUCUCACACUGAUCUCUUGAAUGGCGAUGAACCAGUGUCGACACUCACUCAGGACUUCCACACGCGUUUGGAUAAUUUACUGAGAACUCUGGUACAUGCGAGACCACAUUUCGUCAGAUGCAUCCGAAGUAACUCCACAGAGACGCCAGGGAGUUUCGAUAGAGGAACAGCAGUGCGUCAAAUUCGGGCUUUACAGGUUUUGGAGACUGUCAAUCUCAUGGCGAGUGGAUUUCCUCACAGGAUGCGCUUCAAACAAUUUACAGCGCGUUAUAGGAUGUUGGCGCCUUUCAGGCUGUUGCGACGUUGUGAAGAGAAGGCUCUUGAGGAUUGCAAACUGAUUUUACAGCAUGCAUUGGAGAAUCCACCAGAGUUGGAUGGAAGUGUGACUCUGUCCUGGGCGCCUGGAAAGCGCCACGUUUUCUUAAGUGAGGGCAUUCGUCAGCAUCUAGAGAAGCUCAGAGCGGAUAUUCGUACAAGAAGUGCGACACUAAUUCAAGCUUCGUGGCGAGGAUGGCAGUUAAGGCGACGAAUUGGGACGGUGAAGAGGAAUAGGGAACCUAUCCUGGCCACAUCAAUUCUCUCAAAUGCAGCAACCACAAAUGGAACUCGUCCUACCACAACCAGUGCAACGAAUGCUGGGACUUCGAGGCCAAGACCUCAGCCAAUUGCUGGAACUCCACCUCCGGAUCCCAAUGAGAAAUGCGACACGAAGAUUAUUCAACAGACUUGCACGCUCUUCGGAUUAGAUCUGGAACGACCACCGCCAGUGCCUCCAAGUCGUCCCUACACAGUGACGGGCAAUUCCAAGCUCGGCUAUCCGCAGACACGUGUCAUGAAGAUGAAUUUUCCCGAGGACUCGGCCACAAAUCCGUCCAGUGAGCAGUUAAAGAAGGGAGAAGCUGUCACAGUCGUUGGUGCAUCGCACCGUCGAGGCCACUUGAUUGUUGAGCACAAUGGGCACAGUUUCCACGUGCCGUUUCAGUUUAUGGAGCUCCUCAAGAACGCCCCACCGCCCGUGAGCAUCUAGAGACUCCACCGUCGGACAGGUGGACAAAUAAGCAUACAUAAGACUGUACAUAAUAAGAUUAUUUAAACGCAAAAGGGUUGGAACAUUUCAUGCUAAUCGACGCAAAAAAGGGCAAGUAGAAGAAUGUGAGAAAUCACAUAAUGCGCAUUUUCUCUUCGUUAUAUGCCGAAUGGUAGGAAAAUAGUGGGGAAAACACAUCUUGAAAUCAUCAAUUUUGUUACCUGUUCAAUUUCCCCUCGAGACUGGAGCUUGUAAUCCUAUUCAAUUGACUGCCACAUGAAAUUGCAAUAUAUUUCUUUGUAUAGGUUAUAGGUCUGUGUUUAUGUGCCAAGUUUUAAUUAGUUUCCACUGUAGUGAAUGAAAUACAUAAUAUACAAAAUGAAUCACACCUGAACAAUAUACACGAAAAAGGAGAAAAAGAAAUAAGGAUGGCCGCAUUGAUGUACAUAAUGGCGUAGCUUUUAAAUACCUUAAGUGAAACAUGUACAAAUUAAGCAGAUAAGUUUAUGAAACACUUUACUUUCAAUAGGUGCGGGUGGAAGCCACCCAAGUGGAUAAUGUCUACAGAGAGAGAAAAAAUUAGGUUUGGGGAUGAGAAACAAGAUCCGUCUAUGGGAUGAAGUUGAGAGAAAGAGAGGGAAAGCUUGAAAUAAUGAAAAAUGUGGGUGACUUUGUGUGGGACGAUUUCAAUUUAAUAUCAGACUUAGAGCAAAUAUAAAGUUGCAGAAGAAAGAGACACGUUUUUAUGUAAUACACAGCCUUCAGUUAAACUUUAUACGUUAGUAAAAAAAAAGAAGUACUAGAAUGAAUUUUCUUCUGGUUUUGUAGAUCAUUUCUUAGAGAAUCUGCAGGUUUUUCCCAAACUCUCACAAUUACUAAGAAGUUGGAAAAAGUACACAGGAUUAUUUGGUUAUUUUCUUCUUAAUUGAAAUACAAAUGACAGAGAAAAGGUAUAAAAAGGUAGAAUGAAAGUGUAAAGAUUCAUGACUGCGUUAUGCGCCAAUAGAUUACCGCACAUAAAUCUCUAUGAUGGACAAUAUUUCUUUAACGCCGAUUGAGUCCAUUCUCUGCAAACUACUCCCCAUAUCUCGACAGUUGCAAGUUAAACUUUACGACUUUCCCUUGGGAUUUUAUGUGCCCUUGCUCCGACACAUCGCUAUCUACAAGUGUUCUAAACGUUAUUGAUUUGUGAGCCACCACAGCACACCCUUCCAAGGGUGUCUCGUUGGCCCCUUUUGGUGAUGAGAAUGUCAAUUGUAGCAGCAAUCAAUCCAAACCGGAGGCGAUAAUGUGGAUCAGUCACUGUGAGAAACUUUUUCUUUGUCUCUAAAAAUAGACUGUGUCUCGAAAUAGCUAACGUAACAAUGAAUGCUUUUUCCAUACCCAGCAUCCCUCAAGUGACUGUGCUCAUAUCGCUGCUGAGUGGGCGAUGGGCUUUUGGGAUUUCUGUGCACCGCUGGAUUAUUCUACGUAUAUUCUUGUUUCUUGUUAGUGCGGAAUUUUGUGCGAGUGUGUGCCAUGGUUUUACUACGUGUGGUCCUCAAUUUUGAGCAACGGAUACUGAAUUCGUGAUUUUACUUCUUGCCUUGAAACCCACACACAACUCAGGAAGACUGAAAUUCUCCCAACCUACACACAGAGCACAUGUCUUUGGAUAAAAUUCCGUGUGAGUGGAUUUUUGGGGAGUCUAUUUUUUUGCUGCUGGAAUAUUGUGAGGGUGUGCUGAAGAAUGUCCCUACAUUGUUUGGUGUCUGAAUAAAGGGGGGAAAAAAGGAUAAGCAGGAGCGUCAUAUCGAUAUUAAAGUCACCAGGAAAAAGAGCAGGGGAGAUAUAACAGUGAGAAUUUAAGACUUUCAUGCUUCCUUCUCUCAACUGUAUCCGGAAUUGCCGGUAAUAUUGUGUAAGAAGGACUCCAGAGUGUACAUAUGUACAUAUUAGGAGAGAUAGACAAUUAUCCAAGAGUUAAUGGAAUAUGCCAUCCGGGGUGUACCUUCGCAGUGAAACGUUCUCAAAAUAUACUGCGUUGGCAUAAGAGAUUCUAAUAGAGUGGAGACUUGAUUAGAUCGUAGACGAUCGAAAUAGAAACCUUAAAUUGAUUCUAGG